GUUCAUUUCAAUGUGACAGAACCUCGUUCUACUUAAAUCAACUUAAAUUAUUCGUGUCAUCAAAAUAUUACGCAAAGAUAUUAAUUCGAAUCUUCGAAGCAUGUACGAGUUACUCGUAGUCUCAGUGUAUGUCUGUUGAACUCUUCCACUGUUUCCUUGUAUAAUUUUACGAUGCACAUCUGGCCAUUUAACAUCAUUUUCGAGAUGGUUCGAUAGUAUCGAGAUUUUUUGGCAGGUCGAAAGAAAGAUGUCCCUCGACGGUAGAUUAGAAUGUUAUUAGUCAUUGGGUGUCGUGUUUGUAAGUAAAUAUCAGCUGGAUGCGUAGAGAAAGGCAUAACGUGAUUCCGUGACAGCGCGUAACGGAUGUAACUGUUGAGCACACAUCGGUCGAAGAAUUUAUCGAUGAAUAUGGUCCUCUUCAACACCUCGCCUUUCGACGCUGACGUCGAAAAGGCAACCAAUGAGACAAGCAUGUCCAUAGAAUGGGGAAAAAUGCUGGACAUUUGUGACAAAGUAGGAACCUCAACCCAAAAUGCAAAGGAUUGUCUACGAUCAAUUGUUAAAAGACUCUCCUCUCCAGAUCCACACAUCGUUAUACAGGCAUUAACAUUGCUAGACGUGUGUGUCAAUAACUGUGGAAAGAUUUUCCAUCUUGAGAUUGCAUCAAGAGAUUUUGAGACCGAUUUAAGAAAACUUGUUAACCAUUCUGAGCCAAAGAUUGCUGAGAAGAUGAGGGAGCUCUUAAAGAAAUGGGCAGAAAAUGACUUUAAAACUGAUCCUCAAUUGAAUUUAAUUCCCAGUUUAUAUAAUAAACUUAAAAAUGAAGGUUACGAUUUUACUUCUUCAUCUGAAACGCCUAGACGUACGACUGCGAUAAGUAAGGAUCCAAAUGUAGUAACAAAUUCACAAGAAGAAGAGGAUAUAAUGAAAGCUAUAGAAUUGUCGCUUAAAGAAAGUAAAGCUCAUAGUCAAGCAUCGUCUUCGCAUAGUUCACCAGCGUCGAAUAAGUAUACCAGUUUAUAUCCUAAUGUAAGUUCAGCGCUUGGUACAUCGAGCAAUUCGGAAGGCAGGAAGGUUCGUGCUUUGUACGACUUCGAGGCAGCAGAAGAUAACGAAUUAACAUUUUUUGCAGGAGACAUAAUUAACAUUUUGGACGAUUCUGAUUCAAACUGGUGGAAAGGGAGCAAUCAAUCAGGAGAAGGACUGUUUCCCGCUAAUUUUGUCACUGCGGAUUUGUCUGUGGAGCCUGAGCAGUAUACGAAAUUAGAAAACAAUAAGAAAAUGGUUCAAUUCGCCGAAGAAGUAGAAGUGAAAACUGUGAAGAGAGAGCCAGAAGUGAUUGAAGUUGAAAUAGACGAAAACAAAAUGGACAGACUUUUACAUUUAUUGCACGAAGCGGAUCCUCAGUGCGAUACUUUAGAUCCUCAAGAAAUGAUCGACUUAGAAGAACAAGUUACUGCGAUGGGACCGUUGAUAGAUGCAGCUUUAGAAAAGGUUGACAGAAGACACGCGCAACUAACUCAAUUAAGUUCUGACUUGGUGGAUGCACUUAACUUGUAUCACACGUUGAUGAGGGAACCACCGCCGCCUACACCAUCGAACUACACCCUACCUAAGAUGCCAUCACAUAUAAAUCCUUAUCAGUUUCAAAAUCAGGGACCACCACCUUCGCACAUAUUUAAUGGGGUACCGCCACCGCAUCAAACAUCAUUCCCUGUCGGAGGUGGUCCACCUGGGCCUUACAAUACGGCUAUUCCAACUAGUGACUAUAUGGGGCCUUCCAGCAUGCCGAACAUGACAUUACCACAUUUUCAUGUGCAACCUGCCGGCCCACAUCCGCAUCCGCAUUCGCAUCCGCAUCCUCCCGGACAUCCUCAAGGUCCAUCGGUGCCAGAGCACAGCAGCCUCCCUUAUUCACAUCAAGGAUAUCCACCUCAGACUGGUCCUAUGCCAGGACCGUACGGUCCUCCAGGGCCAACAGGACUCCCGGUAAGCCAACAACCUCAGUAUGCUCCGCCAAACGGGCAGCACAUGAUGUAAAGGAAUGCUAUGUGUUAUAAAUUCAUCCUGUACUGUAACUCAAGCUUCUAUACUAUAUUAUAAUUAUUUAAAUAAACGUACCCGAAGUAGCCAAAGACACUGGGUUUUUGAUGGAAGUUUUGCAUUCGAAACUUAUCGUGUAUGAGCUUGUACGUUUAGGCACAAAUACACGGGAAAGUGAUCAAAAAAAUGCAUUAGACAAAAAAUAAUUUACUUUAUUGACGUUCGACUACCGUUGAUGUAAUACAUUUUUAAAAAAGAAUAUUAAUCUUGUUUUUCAAUUAUCACAUUCCUUUAACUUGAUUAAUAUCUUAUUAUUUCAUCUGGCGUAUAAGAUCUUGUAACAACAACAGACAUUCGAAUGUUACUUAUACUCAUGAAGUAUCGCGGGAAAGGAAGAACGCGAAAACAGGAUUUUAUCUAUUCAGCGAUACUUUUAAUUUUACGUCGAGACUAUAUCACGUAAAAAAUCUAUUAUAUUUGUUUAUAUAAACAUACGUUGUAUAAAGUUUGCCGUAUAUAUUUUUAAUAAGUUCUGAAACAAAAUGAACUGCACUGUCGUUUAAAAUGAUUACAAUCGUACACGUAACUAUGUAUACACGACAAAUGGUGGAGACUGUCUCGAUGGCACGACCGUAUUUUAUAGUUUUUUACUGUCAUUCAUUCAUUCUUAGCGAAUACGUAGUAACUGUAAAGGAGCCUUGAUAUAACAUGAACGUUCGAAUAUGAAAAUUCUUUUUUUCUCUUUAAUGACAGGAAAUAAAUGGAAAGGAGAGACAGAUGAAUAGAAUAGCUUUGGGGAAAAAAGCUACUCGAAUUGAAUAUCGUCUCAAGUGAAAUAUUAAUCAUAAAGUUGACGAGUGAUUAUCGUGACAAGACAUCUUAACUUGGUCUAGUCUGUCCAUUGUGUAUAAUAAAAACUAUUUCCUAUUAAUUGCUUAUCGAGCGAUCUGCGAGGAGCUUUUUAUGACUUGUUAACGCAUAAUACUCGCAUAGUUGCGUUUAUACCGUCGUGAAGGCGACCCUGUCUGUGUUAAAAACAAGAAUGCAAACAAACAAAAAUAUGCAAAAAGGAAUCGAUGAUGAUCGUAUUCUUUUAAAAUUACAUUAAAAUAAGAUUUAAGAAUUACGAGAAAUUAGUAUAAAAGCAGGACUCUCUCAAGGAUUUCUUUAAUAGGCCUUCGUUUAUAAACUAUUUAUAAAUGAAGUUCAUAUUUUCUAGUUUAAAAAAUAUUAGUAACAUUUGAAAGGCACGAAAAAUCUUAGUGGAUCAACAAAUCGUAAUUAUAAUGUAAGAUUUGUUGGCGGAUACAAAAGCAAGGAUUUAUUAAAAAACGAUAAUAAGUCCGCUAAUAAGUUACAAAGAAAUAACUUCGCGUAACUCGAAACACUACCAUAGUAUGAAUACUUUAUACAAAUCGAUCGCAAAUAAAAAUUGAUAAAGUUAGCAAAAUUCUAGAUCUAGAAAUUAAUAAAUUUUGUAUUCGUUUACGUACGUAUAAAUUUCUUAUAUAUGUAUUACGUAAGCUCUAACAAUCAAGUGUGUAUAAUUCUGUAUUCGAAAUCUGUAUAUUAAUUACUACAUAUUACGUA